AUGUCUGGCGGGAAGUUCAUUGCACUGGUCCAGAAGUACGAGAUGGCUCUCCGGACGGCUAAGGAUGAGGUCUUCAGGUUGCAGCAGGAGGAGCAUGAGAAGGCCAAAGACGUCGACACGAUGGUGGCCGAUUUGAAGCUGGUCAAACUUGCGCUCGAGGGAAAGGUCGCGGCGCUGAACAAAGAGAUAGUGAAAACUAUCGGUCUUCAGGAUAAGGCGGAUAGGCUAAGGGCUCAAAUGGGCGAUCUGGAAGAGAAGGCUCGCCGGGAUGCAGAGGCUUCUGCUGCUGAGAUGAAGCGUCUCCGACGGUCUCGUCGAAAAUGGCGUUUAUCCGGGUUCGACGCGCAGCGGGACGUAGUCGAAGUGGAUGUAGGGAGGAGGCAAGUUGACGAAGCUCUCCUUGACUUCGUGAAGAAAAUCAGGGGAGUAGACCUGAACUUCGAUGCGAUGGAGGGGAAGCUUGCGGCCAAAUUGGCGAAGAGUAUCGCGGAUGGUGAUGCGAUCGAUGAAGUCGUUAUCGAUGAUGAUGACUUCGUGAAGCCUAACAGGGAAGGCUUUUGCUUCUUUUUCUGUUAUGUCAUGCUUGGUGAUGCGUUGCGUUUGCUUAUGUGUGCGUUUUCUUUUGUAGCCUAA